ACAAGAGCAUUCCCCUCCUCCGACACGGACGUGAGGCCCAAUUAAGGGCAGUCCGCCCCCACCCCUCUCCUGCAUGAAGUCUCUUCCCCAUCAGCUCAUCCCUAGUCUCACUGCUUUCCCGAUCACCCUGGAACAGCUAUCCUGAAUCCCCCCCUGGCACAUCCAUUUCGUAUUUUCCCCUUGGCACAGAGGCACAGCACCAGGACCUGACACCCACAUAGCUUCUCUUUGGCACACUCUAUACCCUCACCAACACUCUAUACCCUCACCCAGGUUGUUUAUGAUGCCACAAAGUCUCUGGACUUGUUUAGUCCUUAUCUCCCUAGUAUGCACAUUGACUGUAUCUUCCAAGAAGAGCGGUGGUGGGAAAAGUAAAACUGGAGGAUGGAACACAGGGAGCAACCGGAACCCCAACUACCCAGGAGGCUACCCAGGGAAUACUGGAGGCAGCUGGGGGCAACAACCUUAUAAUCCUAGCGGUUAUAACAAGCAAUGGAAACCUCCCAAGUCCAAAACCAACAUGAAGUCGGUGGCCAUAGGCGCUGCUGCUGGUGCUAUUGGAGGCUACAUGCUCGGUAAUGCAGUGGGUCGUAUGAGUUAUCAAUUCAACAAUCCCAUGGAGUCCCGUUAUUAUAACGACUACUAUAACCAGAUGCCAAAUCGCGUUUACAGGCCUAUGUACAGAGGAGAGGAGUACGUGUCAGAGGACAGGUUCGUGAGGGACUGCUACAAUAUGUCAGUGACAGAGUACAUCAUAAAGCCGGCUGAAGGAAAGAACAACAGCGAGCUAAACCAGUUGGAUACCACGGUAAAGUCCCAAAUUAUUCGCGAGAUGUGCAUCACUGAGUACAGGAGAGGAUCGGGAUUCAAAGUGCUCUCUAACCCUUGGCUGAUCCUUACUAUCACUCUCUUUGUUUACUUUGUGAUAGAGUGAUCAAAGGAAAUAUUAAUAAAAAGGCCAAAUGUAUGUAUAUAUAGAGAGAGUAUAAACCGAUUCUGAACUGUUCCGUCUCACGCCCAGUCUGACCGUCUCUAUUGUGAUUCCCUCGUGCAGCGCUGUUGGGUCCUAUGUAAAUCCAGCCCAGCUUCCUACUAUCAGUUAUCAACCUUGGAGUUGUAUAUCUUGCUUCAAUACCGACCUGAAUUCCCACUUCUGCAUCAACCACGACUUCUGCUUAACAACGCACCUUUCUGACAUUGUGAAUGGGCUUUAUGUAGCAGUGCAUGUAUAUUACUAAGAUACCUUGCAGGUUCCCGCACCAAAGAGCCCCGUUUCUUUAAUUUAUGGAAGGCUUGUUUUUAAUAUCUUGUCCACUGUACCGAUUGAUACACAACUCAGACUUUGUGCAGAAGAGGUUUUUUUCUAUGAUAGGUUAAAAUUAAUAUUACUAAAUCCACUUGAAAAUGAUUAUUGUUGUUUUCUUGCAGGUUACAGAUUACACAAUGUCACUAUAUAAUGAUUAACGACACUGAUAAUUCAGUCCCACUGCCUAAAGCCCUAUGUGUCUUAUUAUUACCUUUUAUAUACUGUAGCACCAACAUGCUCAGUAGAAAUCUGCAGACAAGGCAGUAUCUCUAGCCAAUCUCUGGCAACCCAGAACAACAAGCAAACAUCUCUUAGCACUGUAGCCUCACAUAUUGUGAGGCUACAAUGCACCCCUGUGCUGUUUCUUAAGUUACAGCCCCCAAUAUAACCCGCCCUUGCAUUCUGUAUUCCACUGGUGUAGCCCUCCUCUUUCUAUAGCACAUGGGCAUCUCCAAAGUGGAUGGUUGCAGUGCAGAUGUGUAUCAAGUAUCCAGAAUUUAAGUUGGGGGUUGCAAGGGGGGAUAUCGAAUAUUUUAAUUUGGGAUGUAUUUGCCCUUUCAGCUGAGGAAAUAAGGGUGUUUUUUAAACUUACUGCAGGAGGUUUUUCUCCAGCUUACAGAAUUCCUACAGGGCUGCAGAUGGCCCUAACCUGCCUCUAUAUUUAACUACCUUUUCUAUAGGAAAUCUUUGGAUAUACUACUUAUGGGGAUACUGUAAAUAAAACAAUGAUUUGUACAAUUGCUGUGUACAUGUAGAUGACUGUAGGGAUUCAUAGAGCAGUUUUAGGCUUGCUCCUAGGAAAAUAUUCGCACAUUUAGAUUUAGUCAGACAGGACCAUGUUUUCUGCUCCCUCUGAAUUAAAAUACUGACACUCUGCUGACAUACAGUGCAAGUUCCGCAGCAGAAAAAUGACAAUGUUUAUGAACACUAGUGGUGCUUUUGACACACUGGGCGAAAUAGAAUUUAAAAGAGAACUAUAGAUGAGAACAUGGCUAGAAAUGUUGUAUCCUAUGUGCUAAAUGUGGAGUCCUGUAUAUCAUUUUAGAGGUUUUAAAAACUACAACUAAACUCACUUCAUCAACACUGGGCAAAUUUGCCCAUGUGCAGUUACAUAUAGCAACCAAUCAGUGAGUAGCUUUUUAAAGCCAGCUGCUAGUAGAACAAUGAAUGCAGCAAUCUGAUUGGUUGCCAUGGGUUACUGCCCAGUGUUGAUAAAUGACCCCCACUGUGUAUUAAACAUACCUCAGCCGCAUGAAGAUGCAAAGAAGCAAAAAAAAAAAAAAUGAAUGUCCAUAUCGUAUAUUAUCAUCUUGUUAAUGAAAAACGUAAGGAGGGAGAUGAACUGCAAAGAAUAAGCUGAUACCCAGAACUGGCAGCUGAUGAGAAAUGUAUGUGCAUAUUUCAAAUAAGGAUGCAAUGCUGACACACGUAUCAAUACCAUAACUGUAUGCAUGCUGAGUUUUAAAAACUCUAGAUAAAGGGUUUGUGUUGGCAAAUAGGAGCACGUACAGAAUUCAGCUUCAGUGAGAUUCACACACUAGUGCAUUUCAGGCAGUUCACAAGUGUCACAUGCAGCAUGCUGUGGCUCUAAUUGGAAAAGCCUGAAAGCUCCAGCUCCCACCUACACAUUCUUCUCUUAUUGCUCAUGUCUUGGCAGAAUGUGGCAUGCCUAUUCUAGCACAUGGACUGGUUUAACCAAGGAUCACCCUGCUGCCACUGAGCCAGAUCAUUAAAAAAAGUCAACACGUAUAGAAAGCUGUUAAUCUGCUUAUGCAAUGCACAAUGUUUCCCCCUAACAGCCUGGCAGAGCAGCUAUAAUGUUCCAUUGACAUUCCGAGUUAAGAGGGUAACUAGCUGCUUUUGCUGAACUUACAGCUUGCCAGUUCUACUAGGGGGGGGAUAGAUGAUGGGAGUAGUAGUUCUGCAGUAGCUGGAGGCUGUUGAUCCGUACCCUGGCUUGCAGAAAGUAACUAUCAGUGCUGCCAUCUUCUGGUGUAUUGUUUGCCUUUGUCAUUUUAAAUUGGCAAAACCGGAAAUUAGUUUGUAGUUCCCCUCAAUGAAGAAAUACGUUAGUGCAUUAACAGAACACACACAGUGCCCCACUUAGGAUACCAAUUCCAGUUUUCUCAUACAGGUAAUCGGGAGAGGAUAUUUAUAAAAGUGCCGUACUUUCAGUUCUAUACAGCAACCCUAUGGUAAGAUUUGAAUACAUCACAUGCUUAUCUCAGCUCUGUCUUUUUAACAGGAGUCCUUCCUCCUCUAUAUAAGGUCCCCAGGUAUUGGAGAAAGGUUCCCAUUAACAAAGACAGUCGCAAACUUUACUUUCAAGCUCUUAACAUUUUGGCUUGAGUAUCAGGCACACACCGCUCUCACCCAGACAUCAGAGGGUGCCCUCCUCUUCUCUAGAGAGGGUGCAAGGUGUUCAGCCCCCCCCCCCCAUUUACAGCAGCCCUGCACUUUUUAUAAUCAUACAGCAGAAAAUCUCAUUUUCUAUGGGUUGUCUUAAAUAUGACAUAUUCAACCUGUCCCACCAUAAAACUGAAGUGGAACCGAAUGUCUUCCCUCGGCUUAUUGGAAACCUGGGCACACAAUGAGCAUAUAUCAUGAGAGCAAGUGACAAUAGUCUGUAACACAUUAAAAAAGAUAUAAUAGAAUCGACACAUGAUAGGCCCCUGAAACUGCCACUUGGAACUGCCACUUUUUUCCAUUGUUCUGCAUUCCUAACCAAAGCACACCUUGGCGCCUUCACCUGUAGCCCCCCAAUGGCCAUGCCAAGCCUUAUGUGUGUGUGUGACAGUCUCCCUGUUACUGCCGUUGUAUUAUUGUAUUGUACCAUGUUUUUAAUAAAUAACUGUGCUUCAAACGGUCACUUGAUUCACGUGUUACUUUCAGGAAAUCCCAUAGAAUCCUCUUAAAGAAAAUGUCAGCACCAGUAACAUUGAAAAAGAACUGACCUUAUUAUUAUAUCUUGUACGUGUCAAAUUUUUUUUUUUCUUGAGCCAAAAUAAUUAAAAUACCUGCAUUUUA